GCUACCAAACGUUUACUUCAACAGACACGUAACCAAAACAGCGGUUAUAACUAACAUAAGGUGCUAAAAAAUUCCCUUGAAUAGCAAAACUGAUGUGAAAGCGUUGAUACAACAUUCAGGUGUAGUUUCUCAGCCAUGGAUCCUCUUUUUAAAACAAUGAUCUUUCGCACCGUUGCUUUCUUUGUGUGGACUUCACUUAGUGCCUGGCUGUUUGUUACGGUUGAACACACUGAAAAAGAUGAGGCGAAAGAGAAAGAUCAGUUGUUACUUUCUCUGUUCAAAGCAAUGGCAUUUAAGUACAACAUGACCGAGGAAGACUUCAAAAACUUUUCCAGCACUGCGUUUGAGGCGUUGAGCAAACCUAGCCCCAAAUGGACGUUUUUAGCGUCUCUGAUCUUUGUAGUUCAGGCCACAACUACUGUGGGCUAUGGAAAUAUAACUCCCAAGACACCUGAAGGCCAAAUGCUAUGUAUCUUCCUUUGUCUACUUGGCAUUCCAAUUACUCUUCUUUUGCUAAACUCGGUUGGUGCGGUCAUUGCCAAACUGGUCAACACACUUGUGAAGAAGUUCGAGAGUAAAAUCCUUAAAAGAGAGGAACCGAUGAAUGUAGAAAAAAAAAGUGCAAUGAUCUUGUUUUUAUUUAUGGUGUUAGAUAUUGUGAUGAAUGCUCUCGUAUUGAUACAUCUAGAGGAUUGGACAUUCGUAGAGGCACUUUAUUUUUGGUUUGUAACCGUAACAACAAUGGGUUUUGGUGACUACAUUCCAGGGAAGCUCAAUCCGACCAAUAUCUCGAGAGAAAACAGCUUCGCAAUUUUUAUAGGCCUUUUUGAACUGGUUCUUCUUUUGGGAGGACUAUGCAUUGUUUCCAGUGUAUUUAACUCCAUCAUGGCGGCCUUGGAUGAACGAAAUUGGUGGUUUAAGUGUUCUGCACGUAUAUCUAGAAGGAUACAGGGGCGCGUUGACACAGUAAAAGAACCUGAUGACGAGAACAUGACUUCUAAAAGAAUAGAAAAUCUGGGUUUGGAGAAUCUUGAGAACACAGAAAACUGAUAGGAGUCUCUAUGUUCUUUAAUUUAAUUGUAGAUCGACCCCGCACUAGCGGCUCUUUUUCGGACACCGGAAUCUUUAUCGGCUUCGAGCUCACUAACGAUGACGUAACUGUUUUUAUCGAUGUGUGAUUGAAGUGUGUAUGGUGUGUGGUGUUUCUCUGUGAAUUCCAAUCAAAAUUAAACC